AUGUCCUCCUCAGAACUAGGAUCCGGAGUAGAGCCUUCCCCGAUACAAAACAUAUCUGCCUCUUAUACGCGAAUUCAACGUCAAUAUCAGCAAAUUUUGGACAGAUGGACGCCCUACACCUUACACCGUUGGUUAGCUACCGGGGGGUUGUUGGCAAUAUUUAUGCUGAGGAUUGUGCUAGCACAAGGGUGGUAUAUCGUAUGCUAUGCACAUGCUAUAUAUCUGCUCAAUUUGCUUUUAGCAUUCCUCCAACCUCGGUUUGAUCCAUCUCUCCAAGAUGACCUACUUGCCGAUGAAAUUGAGGGAGGUGGCGAAACAUCCCCACUCCCAAGUCAACGCGAUGAUGAAUUCCGGCCGUUUGUGAGGCGUCUUCCUGAAUGGCAAUUUUGGCUGUCUGCCACCCGUGCAACGGUUAUAGCCGUUCUUUGCACCUUCUCGGAAGUCUUUGAUGUACCUGUGUACUGGCCGAUCCUUGUCGUCUAUUUCUUCACGCUCUUUGCUCUCACUAUGCGCCGUCAGAUACAACAUAUGAUCAAGUACAGAUAUGUUCCUUUCGAUAUUGGACGCAAAGCCAGGUACGGAGGGAGGAAAUAA